UUGGACUUCCACCUUCAUUUUAUUUUCCCCUCUUUGUUUUCGUUACCUUUUGCAAUCAUAGAGCGUCGUUUUUACUCCAGUCGCUUGCUUCUAGUGGGUCAAGGCACCGGAUAAUUGCGGCAAAUUUUCUGGUUCUUUCGUGCUCUUAGAACUCAUGGGCCCUGGCCGCUCCUUCCGCAUCCCUGCACGCUGUCGACACCCUUAGCCAAGUUGAUCCUGCGAGUCAAGGGCCAGUCUAACCCGUUGAUUUCGGUAGCCAAGAAAUCCAGUACUCCUCCGCCUGCAUUACGUAGAAGCGUUGAGAGAGCAGCCUACUCUCACAUCUGCAUGAACGAAAAACGCUGGUCUACGGCCAACGACUCUCCACGAUGAACGUGAACAAGAAACUCGAUCGCUUCAAACAAUGGGCUGGCGAACGCAUGGGAGGAGAAGCAAAAACAUGUGUUUCGGAGGAUUUUAAAGCUCUAGAGGAAGAAAUGGUCUUGAGACAUGAUGGCAUGGAACGUCUUCAAAAGGGGAUGACGGUGUAUGUUAAGUCGCUAUCGAAAAGAUCUGAAGGCGACGACAAGGAAAAGGUUCUUCCGGUCGCUUUGCUGGGCUCAACUAUGAUCAGCCAUGGGGAGGAUUUUGACCAUGGUUCCGAGUUCGGGAGCCGUCUUCUAGCCAUGGGCCGUACACAUGAGAGAAUUGCUCGCAUUCAAGAAAACUAUGUCGCGAACGCAACGAGCGCAUGGCUCGAGUCGCUGGAGCGCUCUCUUGCUCAGAUGAAGGAAUACCAGGCCUCACGCAAGAAACUGGAAAGCCGUCGGCUCGCCUAUGAUGCAUCGCUCGCCAAAGUACAAAAAGCCAAAAAGGAGGAUUUCCGUGUCGAGGAGGAGCUCCGCUCACAAAAGGCCAAAUACGAGGAAUCCAGUGAGGAUGUAUAUCGACGCAUGCAGGACAUCAAAGAGUCUGAGUGUGAGAGUAUUUCGGAUCUGGAGGCCUUUCUCGAUUCUGAGCUACGUUACUUCGAGAAUUGUCACGAAGUCUUAAUGCAACUUAAAAGAGACUGGCCUGCAACAUCAUCGCAAACUCACGAGAACCGCCGCAACAGAUCCCGCUCCGUAACAGCACACAGCUACGGCGAUCGCUUCAGUGCAGUCGAAGAAGAGCCUGAACCUGCUCCCAUGCUUGAGCCCCGGCGCUCGAUUCGCUCUACCAGAGUCGCCUCUUCUAGCCUUGCCCUAGAACGCUCGCCCCGCCGCGACAUGAGCGGAAUUGACAUGCCUGUGCGUCGACCGACUGUUCAUCGCGCCUCCACAACAGAGCGCCAUGCGUCAAAUAGCUUUGAAGGCCCUACCCAACUUUAUCGUGAAUAUACAGGACAUCCGGCCCCGGGAUUCUCGCGGAUACCCACUGACCCACCGACUUAUGUCUCGAGUCAUUCGCAGUUCCCUAGUGCAUCACGCCACAAUCUUGGACAUGAUGUGUUUGGUGAUCCGACCGACGACAAUACUCUUCAUAGUACUUCUAGUCCUGAACGUUCGUGGGGCGAUCAAUCUUCGUCCCCGGCAACGUCGUAUAGUAGUGGGCCAUCUCGCAAGACGAGCUCUUCCACGCUUAAUGCAGGAUAUGCAAAUAAGAAAGCGCCGCCGCCACCUCCACCUUCAAGGGCUAAGAAGCCUCCACCGCCACCACCGUUGAAGCGCAGUGCGAUUAGUACUUCGAGUGUGCCAUUUGCAUGAUGUCAUCGUGUAUUGCAUUUGAAGGCGAUAGACUGGUUUCAUCUUUAUACUACUUGUAUGUUCUGGCAUUUGCAUCAUUUGUUAGCGGUAUCCUUUGUGGCUUUUAAUUUUAUGGAAUUUGGUAUUUCCUCUUAUUGUUAUUUUGUUUACUAAGUUUUUCGAAAGAGAGUUGGUGAAUUCUGAAUCCGCCCCCUUCCCUUUCCAUUACCCUGUUUCAAGAAUCAAGAUGCAAUUCUUUUAUAACCAUCCAAAAAAAGCUAAGCUUUUGCAACUGGUUUUUGGAAUACCCCAUUCGGCGGGCUGUGGUGUGAUAUCUCGUGAUAUGUAGGGUC